UGUGGUCCCGCGUCUGCCCCGGUGCCCGCCUUCCCCCUAAGCCAUGGACACGGAGGUGGAUGUCGGCUCCGCGGUCUCGGGGCUGUCAGGCGGGGAGGGGGCCGGUGCGGGGCCGGCCGAGGAGGACCAGGAGAUGGAGGGGGCUCCCGGUUGCUCGGGGUCGCGUUCCAUCCCCUUCGAGUUCGAGCGGAGCCGCUCGGAGUCCAGCGGCGAUGAGGACGAUGAGGAAGACGACGAGGAAGAAGAGAUGGAAGAGGAGGAGGACGAGGAUCUCGACGGGGACGCGGGGGCUCGGUUCGGCACGGAUGACGGGGACCUGGACUCGAACGAGGACCGGGAGCGUAUGAUAAACCUCGCAGAGUUGACCCCUUACAUCCUGUGUUCCAUCUGCAAAGGUUACUUUAUUGAUGCUACAACUAUUACAGAAUGUCUGCACACCUUUUGCAAAAGCUGCAUAGUGAGACACUUCUACUAUAGCAACAGAUGUCCAAAAUGCAAUAUCGUUGUACAUCAGACACAGCCUCUUUAUAACAUCAGACUGGACCGGCAACUGCAAGACAUAGUCUAUAAAUUGGUUGUCAAUUUGGAGGAAAGAGAGAAAAAACAAAUGCAUGACUUCUAUAAAGAAAGAGGAUUAGAAGUGCCCAAACCAGCUGCCCCACAGCCAGUUCCAGCAAGCAGAGGAAGACCUCGGAAAGUUCUGGGCUCCAUGUUCCGGAUCCCACCAGAACUUGACAUCUCCAUACUUCUGGAGUUUAUUGGAGCUAACGAAGGCACAGGGAAUUUUAAGCCUUUGGAAAAGAAGUUUGUACGUGUUUCAGCGGAGGCAACAAUUGGGCAUGUGGAGAAAUUCCUCAGAAGAAAAAUGGAUCUUCACCCUGCUUGUCAGGUAGACAUAAUAUGUGGUGAUCACCUUCUAGAACACUACCAGACACUGAGAGAAAUUCGGCAAGCCAUAGGAGAGAGUGCAGUACAGAAAUCAAAGGACUGAAGCAUCCCAAGUAAGGCUGGCCUUGUGACUGGGUCAGGGGAGUAAACAUGCUUAUAAAAGCACAAAUCAAAGAUACGGAGAGUAACAAAUGCAAUUAAUACGCUUGAUGCACAUUGUACUGGUCACAGCAUGAGUGUAUAACCAAGUAUUUCUUGUUGAUAACUUUGUCUUCAGUGCUGUUGGCUCUGCAAAUAAGAAAGCAUUUUUAUUUCCUUGGGGAGUCUUUUGAAGCAUCUUGGUAGUGGGAAGGGUCACAAUGUUUUAGAGGUGCAGCAAAACAGCGGCAUAGUCUGCCCAGUGCACAGUAGGUGUAAAAUCAUCAUGUAUGAUGAACUGUAUAUUAAUCUAAACUUGGAAGUCUGAAAAGUUAAUGUUUAAUACAGUGAGAAGAAACAGGGUUUUUGUUGUUAUUUUGUUUGAAAAGCAAUCUAAGCAGAUGGCAGAAAGGCUAAAAUAGUAGCAGAUUCAGUCUUCUUGACUUGUUUAUGCACACACAAGCUCAAUCCUUUACAUUUAAAUUUCCCUACAAGAGGGCUUCUGUGUCAACGGCAAGGAGUGGAAAGCUGAUCUUGAGCUGUCUUGGAUGCUGCAUCAACUGUACCUGAUUUGAGUAACUAAGAGGGAUCCCGCAGUCAGGGCAGUCACGUGUGGCUCAUGCUGCAGUGUUGGCAGACAUUAAAAGUCUUUUGAGGCUUGUGUUGAGUACCUCAGUUUCUGCAUUUGAAGGGAAUAAAUGCCAUACUUGAUGUCUUAGCUGUUUAUAUAAUAAUAUGAAGGGAAGAAAAGAGAAUGUAACCUAACCUGAUUUGGGGAGCAAGGAAUAGAAACCAGGAGGAAGCCUGCACUGGUAACAAACCUGCUUCUAACAUAAUGAAUUUAUGUAAGUAAAUGUAAGCAAUUAGCACAGUGAUGGAAGUGUCCUGUACUAAAAGCUUCAGUAAAUAGCAGGGGGGUGAUUUAUCUCUCAGUCCAGGGGUGUAGUCACAUGUAUGUGCAUUUAGACUUCAUCUUAGUACAAGAGCUUUUCAUAAAUGAAGAAUGCUCUUGAGGCAGCACUUCAAAACAACCUGCAUAGGUUUUGUUGCUUGUCAGAAAUGGAUCUGCUUAGCUGGAGUUUUGUGGGUUUUAUUCUUGUCAGAAUUGGGUCUGCCUGAUUCAUUUUCAGUGGUGAAGUGUCAUUCAGCAGCUCCACAAAGACAACAGUCAUCUUGGGAUAUGUUCUCCAAUGAUAUUUCUAUUCUCAGUAUUAUAAAAUCAGUAUGCAAGUGGUGAUUUCUCACAAGCCUGCUCUUCUGGGUAAAUAGAAGAUCUUUGCUUUUUGUCAAGUCUUGUGCUUUCAUAGUCAUUUUUGCCAAGAAGUUUGAAAGAUCAUCCUUAAUUUUUCUUCAUUUUGUUACAAAACCUCCUAGGAUGCCCAAUAGUUACAGUAGAAAUGCUAAAAAUAACCAUGAUUGCUUCUUUUUUUUUAAAUACAUGCAAAAUCUUGAAAAUUAUGACAUUGUCAUUUUUUAUAAUCUCACAUUGUAUUAUUUGGCAGAAAUAGAGGAUGCAUUUCUAGAAUUAAAAAAUCUUGGGAAAUGUUUUUAGAUAAUUACCGAGGAAAAAAAAGCAUAGGUCAAAUCUUAAAAUGGAAUGGGUUGUUUUGUUUUCACCAAGACCUGAAAUUCAAUGAGGGACAUGACUCUCUUGGCCCAGUGAGACUACAAAUAUGGAGGACUGUUUGAUAGAUUUUGCAUUAAGUUCCAAGGGCAUCUUGUGCCAUCGUAACCUUCCAGCCUUUUCGAGCCAGUGUUGGAGUCUGGAAUGCCCCAACAGCUCUCACCAGGAUGCUGAAACAGUCUUCAAAAACCUGCCGUUCUCAUUUACCCAUUCCUAAAGUUCAUUGUAGAUUCAUCAUGCUAGGAAAAUAACUACUUCAGUAGCUACUUAUGCAAUGCAGAGUAAUUUAAAGGCAUAGACACCGGUAUAUUUAUUUAGAUGGGUGCAAUCGCUGUUAGAGGAAAAAAAUAACUGCCCUUCUGAAUCACGUAUUUCACGUGCAAAUUCGUUCACGUCAGCAGUUAUUCUUCUUGCUGAGAAAAAUGAUUUUAUGAAUGCAGAGAUGUUUCUCUUUGCCAAAGACAUUAAUUUUAACAUCCCUUACUUGGCAGCAUUUACAUUGGAAGUUCUUCCAAUGCAAUGUAACAUCACAUAUGUUGUGUGGAAUUUUAUUUCUGGAGCAUAAUCACUAUACUUUUUUACAGGCUUUUACUCCUCCUAAUUGGUUCUUAAAUGCUCAGGAGUGUUUUGUGAAGAUCUUGGGUGUUGAAGCACUGGUAACACAGGAAUAACAGGGAUUUUUUUCAUACCUGUCCCUUGAAGUUAAGAUUGAUUGGCAUUUACCCUACACUAGGCCCUCAUUUGUCAUCAUAAGCAUCCUUUAAACAAAAGCAAAGCUGCAUGAGAGUUGCAGUGCAUGUUUGCUGUUGGUCUGAAGCUAUUUGUAUUACCUGUAGCUGUCAAGUUAGGGAAUGUUUACUUGCUGUAGCCUGAGCAUAGUCCUUUCUAUAGGUAUUUUAAUGUGCUGUCCUGCUUUUCCAGCAUGACCCUUCUGGUUGUUUUUGAUGGUUCUUAUUAAAUAAUUCUUUAAUCCACUUUUCUCAGUGCCUGCAUUUUAAUCCUUUUUUUGGAUCUUUAGUCUUGAUCUUAGGAAUGACCUCAUCGUUCCCGUGAUGCAAAGCUUUUGGUUUUGAAUUUCCGUAGAUUUGAUUUGGAGUGGCCAGAAGAUUGUAGGUAUAAAAGCGACAGACCAAGUUCAUAGAAGAAAAGUCAUCAGAAGACACUUGAUACAAAGCUGCUUUGACUUCGGGCUUAGGAAUUUCCUGAGAAAGACUUUUGAAAUUGGAAAAAUCUAUAGGGAGGUAGCAUACUUGUCCUUUUAGUGUAUUUUUAUCUGGACCUUCACCAUACAGCUAAGUGGCCCUUUGAUCUGCUCUGGUAUGGCCUUUCUUAGGACCUUUCAUGAUUAAUUACUUUUUUUUAAUUGGCUUCUUUUUGGUGCCCUCUUUUCCUGACUUAGAAUAUUAAUCUCUUUAAGUAAAAGGCAAAAUAUGCAGCUAGAAGCAGAGUUUCAGGUCUUACUAAGUGAGUAUGUUGGCUGAAUUGAUCUAAGUAUUGUUGCAGAUCUGUUCCCUUUUGUUAUGAAUCUGCUUUCUUUCACCAUCACAUUUGAAAAUUCCAGUAGCUCUUCCACUUCCUUUUUCCCUUGAAAAUAACGUAUUAUGCUUUUUUCCUCCCAGCUUUGUUUCCAGUAGCACUAUUUAGCAGCCAGACAAAGUUAAAGAAACUAACGGUAGAAGAGAGAUUAAAAUAAUUAUACGCAGCAGUAAUUAUGGUGGUUUUCUGCUGAAAGAGCUUUGUGGCACUAGAAGCAAAACGAGGCUAUUUUUCUAAUAAGAGGUCAUCUUCCAGACAGAAUGUAGAGGUGUCAAUAGGCACUGUCUGAAAAGAAUUCCCAAGGGAAGAAAAAGCGUGUGUCAUGGAGGCGUGAAAAAGCACGUUCUGUCCUCUUGAGUCUUGUUGAGAUCAAUUUCUUAAUCCUAAAUUUCCUCAAAUGCAAAAUGUCUCAGAUUAUUUUGACUACUUGAGGCUACACCAACUGGUCAAAAGCAUUUUUACAUAGAUAACAAAUUAUUGUUUUAAAUAUAUAUAUUCUCCCAAAAUACUGUAUUUAGACUAAAAUGGUAAUUUCCAUUUUUACUGUAUUAUAAUUCAGAACCUGUAAAGGGGCAAAGGUCUUGUUACUGGGUUUUUUUGUAAUGAACUUUUUAAUUAAAAAUAUAGGUUGUUGGUUUUUUUUUAAUGUGCGAGUAUACUCCCUCACAGAGGACUGUGUAACUCCCCAGGGACGUUUAUCUUAGGUCCUAUGUGUUAAUAGGCAAAAACAUCAAAAGCAAAAUAUGGUAGAAGUUCUCAUAUGUCAGUUGUGAUUAAUGCAGUUUUCUCUUCAAAAGAAAAUUUCUGUUAAAGCCUGUUCAUAUAAACAGGCCUAAUGCAGCCUAGUGGAUUGAUGGUGGAAGCAGCCUAAGUGCUAAACCUGUCACCAACUGUGUGUGAAUUAAGUGACGUAAGUAAGACUAAUGAGUCAGGCAGUGCCCUGUUUUGCAAGUGAAAUGCUUUUUUAUGAUGUGGAGUGGUCUCAGAAGAGGCGAAACAUGACUUAAUAAACUAAUAGUUGCGGGGUUUUAAUCUCUUGUAUUCUUUACUUAAUAAACGUAUAGUAGUAGUCUGGGCUUUUCAAGUGCAGCUUUUGUCAACGCCUUCUAGAACUACUUAAUUACAUUAUUUUUUUCUGCCCCGCAGUAUCAGCUGGAAAUCAACUUGAGUUGUAAAUGAGAGCCUGUCGUAUGAAGAUAAUUCCGUUAUAACUUAAAAAUAAAAGACAAGUAUCAGGUGUUGCUUUGGGUUUUUUUAAACACACUUUUCCAUCUCAAAGAGGGAAGGGGAAUGUUUUUUUGCCUUGAUAUCAGAACUUGUGUUCAGAUACAGAAGGGACAUGGUAUAAAAUGAUGAGAGAGAUCAAAGCUGAGCUUCUGCCAGGCAGUGACUGUCAUACCAGGCAGUGAUGGAAAUGCCUUGUGCAGAAGGUGGUGUGGUAUGAUGAUACAGUUUCUUUCUCUUCU